CAUAAAUCGGCAGGUUCCCUGUCAGGCGCUUUUAGAGCGCUCUACAGUUGAAGGCGAGGUUCGGCCGGGAGGUUUCAGCAGAGGUGGCGGCGACGGCAGCGAAAAGAGAAUGAAGGCGGCAGUCUGGGUGCUGCUGGGCACGAUGCUGGGCAGGUGUCGCUUGGAGGGGGAAGCCCAGCAGUCCAUGCAGUGUGGUAUUGAGAAUGGGCCUUCUGCUGAGUUGGAGGAGAGGCACAGCUUAACACCAUCAGACCUUGAUAAUAUCAGUGCCAGAAUUGUUGAAACAGAAGGAACAAGUCAAUUAAACAUUACCUGGACCAUCAGUGCCGAUGCCAGCAUUAGAACACUGAGGGCCACGAAGAUAUGCAUAUCAACAUUCAGUCACCCAAUAUGUAUUAGGUGUGAUUAUUUAAAAACUUUUGAAAGCCAGUCCAAGUUUGCGGAUCAAAAAUGGCAGUUCUACUAUGUUGGAUUUCCUGUAGAAGAAAAUACCAUUUACUACAUUUAUGGCUACAACCUACCACCAGCAAACCCAUAUGAGGAUCCUCCAUCAAAGUUAGUAACAGUGACUUCUCCAGACUGUGAAGAUGAUAUAUUGAAAUACAGCAAAACUUGCAUAGAAAAAGGAAGUUUAUGGGAUCCAAACAUAACCAUAUGUAAAAUGGAUUCAGAAAUAGAAGUGAAUUUUACAGCUAGUCCCUUGAGUUCCAUUUACACAAUCCUCAUUUGUGAGUCUGAAGAUGAAUGCAGUGAUCUAACUCAUAAAACUGCAUCUAAUAUCAAGAAGAAUGAUACUAGAGUUUCUGAAAGAAUACCAGUGGAUAAUCCAAGCAACAAAAACUACAUAGAGCUAACUCCUUAUUUUCCAAGAUGUGAAAAUGAUUGCCAAAGGCACUCUGAGUACCAGAUUAAAUGUACAGAAAAACCUUCCAUUGGAGCCAUCAAGACACAUUCAUUAGGAGUAUAUGUUUGCAUACUUGCUGCGGUGUUUGUGAAAGUGUGUGUAAUUGCUGCAGUUCUGUAUGUCAAGAAGACACAUGGUACAGUCAGGAUGUGUCCUCUUUUCCAUUCUUCAGUACAACAAACGCCUGCUAAAAUCCUUGUUAUAUAUCCCCCCGACGUCUGCAUUCACCAUACUGUCCUCGCUUUUGCUGAGUUUCUACGUGAACACUGCCAAAGUGAUGUUGUUAUAGAUGUGUGGCAGAAAAGGAGAAUUGCUGAAAUAGGACCAGUGCAGUGGCUUACUACUCAGAAAGAAUUAGCCGAUAAAGUAAUUUUUCUCACCCCAAGCCAUCUAGGGCCUGCAUGUGAUUCAGGUUGUAAAAGAUCUAUAGAAGGUCAUGGUGAGAACUCUGAAUGUAUGUUCACUCUUGCAUAUAACCUUUUCUGUAGUGACUGGAAAAUUCAGUCUUCUCUCCACAAAUACAUGGUAGUUUCUUUCAGUGAUGCACACUCAAAUGAAAGUCUCCCAAGUGCCUUGACUAUCUGUCCAAAAUAUUUUCUAAUGAAGGAUUUUGAUUCCUUUCUUAGAGAGCUUUACCUUUCACAAAGUUCCAGCUGUAGUAAAGGCAGCAGGUCGAAAGGACUAUUGUCUCAUUUAAAGAGUAAAUUUCAGAUAUAGUACUGUAACAGGUAAUAAAACUCAAAACAAAAAUUCAGUACCUGAUAGUAAUAUCUCCUCUUUCGCUCUUUCCUCUCCUAUUAAGGAGCUAGUUUUGUAUACUGAUCAUUUUCAGACAACUGCCACUGAUCUGAAAUAUUUCUAAAGCUGUUCCUGUGUGCUGAUUCUGUUUUCUGAAGUACACAGAAUUGGAUAUUACGAUGUAGUAGCCUAGAGGUACAACUACUGCUUUUCCACCAGUCCUGAAAUCAGUCACUCACACAGUAGCAACCAGACACAGAACAAGAGGGAAGUUGACUGUCAGAAAGAGGGGCCAAGCCUCAGUGGAGUUGAGCAGUGCCCAGCAUGUUCACGUGAAAGGAUUGAUUAGCAGAUGAUGUGGAAGACCACUUGAGAUUCGGCAGAGCUGCUGCCAGUCAGGCUAGGCAAUACUGACUGAAGAUCUGAAACAGUAUAAGGCAGUGUUGUGUGUUCAGGAACAAUUAUUGUUUUGUCGUAGCAGGUGACUAACAAGCACAAGUGUCUUACAGGAUUCUGUAAAAAAUGUGUUCUACUACUAAAAUACAUUUAUAACUCUUUUCUGAGUAAAAAUAAACUGGU